UAAAUUUUGGAAAACAGAUGGCGCCACGUAUCGUUCUCCUUGAACUUAUGCAACAGUUCAUGUUUUUGUAUUCUCGUUGUAGGCAACUAAACAAACUCCAGAUAUUUUUUAAAAACUGACAAGAGUUGGCGAAGUUGCACGACAAGUGUCGACUCCUAGUGCGUCAAAAAGGCACUACCUAACAUUCUUUGGCUGGAUGUGUUCUGUGUUCUGUUCUUGUUCCGUGUUCCCUAGUCAAGUCAAAAUCGUAGCUGGCUGCUAUCUGCAUUGGUGUAAUUUGAGUUCAUGAAUUUUAUUAGUGCUCAGACACUCCCAGCAAUUGAAAAAAAACUGUUUGUAAUUGAUAUAAUUGGUAAACUGGACGCUGUAUCGGUGAAUAAGUGCACUAUGGACAUUUCCGCGAACAAAGAAUCUGUGGUUAAUAGCUUCUUUGCUCUCUGUUUCAAAAUGGAGUAGGAAGAUUUUUGUUGUUAUUCUGAAAGAAGAAAGAACAACGUGUUGUUUUCGAUCAAAUGCCGUUUGAACCAACAAGCUAAUGCAGUGAUUUUGCACUUCGGAAUAGACGGAAAUAAACAAUAUAACAGGCAUGGGAAUUAAAAUGGUAUAGGACAAAAAGACAUUCCAGUAAAUAUUCUUGAACUUAUCCUAGCGAAUCUAGUAGUUCAUUCAAGUGUGCAUGCAAGAAUCUCCAUGCCUGAUUCCUCUAGUUUAAGCUACUAGUUCCUAUGCAUAGCCUUUCGAAGGGAUUCCCGGAGCGAUUCGACGAGGCAUCGUGUACAAAAUGUGCCUUGGACCAUAAAAUGUGAUGCAGAUCUACGCUGAGGCGUGGAGAGGCCUGCUCCUGGGCAUGCCUGCUCUCAGGCCACCGCCAUUGAGUCACCCGCGGGUAUGGUAGGACUUUGGGGCGUAGCAUUGGCAGCGGCGGCCUGGCUGUGUCUGGCUGCGGGACUGCCAAGGGGCCUCCCUGGGCUUAGACCUCCCAGUUCAGGGGCUCUCUUGGGUCAGUACCCCCGGGCUGGAGAACCUUCACUCCGUCUUUCUCACAUGGCCAUCGAUUACAAGACGCGCAGGAUUUAUGUUGCCGGUGUUAAUGUCCUUCUUCAACUGGACCCCAAUUUGAACUUGGAGCACUUUGUCAUAACUGGUCCGAAAAACGAUAGCCCCCUAUGCCAUGCCACUGGCUGUACCGAUCCCGAAAUUCGGCUCUCGCUUAUGGACAAUUAUAACAAAGUUCUUCUCGUCGAACCCGAAUCGAGAAAUUUAAUUACAUGCGGUUCUCUGUACCAGGGUGCCUGUUCUAAAUACCGACUAAGCAAUAUUAGUGCAGAAGCUAAGUUUAUACCUAAAAGCGUUGCAGCGAACGAUGUAAAUGCUUCAACUUACGCAUUCAUUGGUCCAAAGAGCUAUAAUCCUUGGGGUAGGUCGAAUAUCCUUUAUGUUGGUACCACGUUCACCAACCAAGGAGAAUAUAGACAUGACGUGCCGGCGAUAGCGAGUAGGGACCUGGAUUCUAUGGAGUACGCGGAGUUUUCAUUUAGCAAACAGUCUAUGGUCGAAAUUGAUGUUAAAUAUAGGGAUCAUUUUAUAGUUCAGUACAUCUACGGGUUUAAUGCGAGUGAUUACGCGUAUUUCGUUAUCGUGCAAAAACAAUCUCAUCUUCCCGGACAAGAAGAGCAAGGGUAUGUGUCGCGACUAGCAAGAACUUGUAUUAACGAUCCGAACUACGAUAGCUAUACAGAAGUGACUUUGCAGUGCGUCGAUGGUGAUCAAAAAUAUAAUCUCGUGCAGGACGCAAAGAUGACUUUAGCUGGCGAAGAGUUAGCCAAUGUCAUGGGGAUAGAAGUAGAUUCACCUGUAUUGAUAGCCGCGUUCAGGCCUGCCCGCGGUAUUACGAACGAGCCACAAAAUCAUUCGGCUCUUUGUAUAUUUUCGCUUAGAGAAAUUGAAAAUAAGUUCAUAGAAAACAUACAUAUGUGUUUUAAUGGUAGCGUUAAAUACAGAAAUAUGGGUUAUAUCUCAGGUCCAGUCCUGGACGGCAAAUGUCCAGCUAGUGGCUCAGCCGGUAACAUUCCAAAUUUUUGUGGUGACGUAGGCCUAAAAAUCAGCGGUAUCAUUCCAAUUACCACAAAUGCAGCCCUUGUUUUUCCCAACAUUUCAUUAUCAGCGGUUGCUACAGCUUCGACUGGUAGACACGUAAUGGCUUUUCUUGGUACUACUGAUGGAUUCAUCAAGAAGGUACUUCUCAAUGGACCAAACCCUCCAGAGUAUGAGGAAGUUCUUGUUGAUGCUGGAAAUCCCAUUAUGCCCGACACCACUCUUUCACCUACUGGUGAUUAUUUAUAUGUUUUAUCAAAAUCCAAGGUGUCCAAAAUAAAUGUCGAACACUGCAGCACAUACACAAAUUGCUCCGCCUGUUUAGAAUCAAAAGAUCCAUAUUGUGGAUGGUGUUCUUUGGAAAAACGAUGUACUGUACGUAGUACUUGUCAAAAAGCUUCGCAUAGUGCUCCACGUUGGUUAUCCCUUGGAACUGGUCAGCAAUGCAUUGAAUUUGAACAAGUGCAACCAGAACGCAUUCCGAUUAAUCAAAUGACUACCGUCCGAUUAACUAUAAGAACUUUACCAGAACUUCCAUUUGGAGCUAAAUACAAAUGCGUAUUUGGUUCUUCAGAACCUAUUGAUGCCCAAGUAACAGAAUUUGGGCUUAGCUGUCCUACUCCUGACAUCUCUAGGAGGCCAAAAAUUCCUUCCAAAAUGGACCAUAUUCUGGUGCCACUUAGCGUACGAUCGUCUGAAACAAAUAAGGAUUUUGUAUCAAGAAAUUUUGCUUAUUACGAUUGUGAAAAGCACACAACCUGCGGAGAGUGCGUAAGAUCGAAAUGGGCUUGCAAUUGGUGCGUUUAUGAAAAUAGAUGUACGCAUAAUAUAUCGAAUUGCCAAAGAAACGUCAUUAGCGGUGAAAAUAAUCCAAGUACUCUGCCCAAUCAUGGUUAUGCCUAUUGUCCACAAUUUAAGAAACGAGAUGUGAUACUACUACCUAACAAUGUUCUUAAAGAAAUUGUAUUUGAGGUCAAAAAUUUGCCCCAUCCCCAAGCUGGCCACAUUGGCUUUAAAUGUAUAGUAGUUAUAGAAGGUGCCACUAUGUUAGUUCCUGCAAGAGUUGACGCUGAUAGAUUUAUUGUAUGUGAUAAAACGACUUAUUCAUAUGAAGCCAACGAAGGUGAACAUGAGGCUAGUGUAAAAGUAGUAUGGAACAGAAACCACCAUAUAGAUUCUAUUAAUGUUAUUUUGUACAAAUGUGAUAUAUUGGGGUCUCAUCGGGAGCACCCUGACUGUUCAUUGUGCGUUACUAGAAAUUCUAAAUAUCAGUGUACCUGGUGUGGCAACUCCUGCCAGUAUGCAGAAACCUGCUUGCAUACGCCACAUACCGAAUGUCCCAGGCCUAGGAUUGAUGUGAUUAAACCACUUAGUGGACCCAUUGAGGGUGGAACUUUGGUAACAAUUGAAGGUAGCAAUUUAGGUUUAAAAAAAGAAGAUGUCCAAGGCAAAAUCCGAAUAGGUGAUGUCCCUUGUAAACUAGUCAACUAUGAAGUAUCAGUUAAAAUACAGUGUGUGACAGGGCCUUCGAGAAUAGAACACGCUGCGCCUAUAGUUGUAGGAAAUGAGGCUGGUUAUACUAAAUCCACAGUUGAAUUCAGUUAUCAGGAUAUAAAAUUAAUUGGAAUAUAUCCUGCUAUAGGCCCACAGAGUGGCGGUACUUUAUUAGCAAUAACCGGAAAAUAUUUGAAUAUAGGUUCCGAAAUCACAGCAUAUUUGGAUAAUAAUAUUUGCACAGUUAAUCUUACUCAAGCCUCCAGCGGCCGAUUAACUUGUAUAACUUCAAAGGCUACAAAACCAUCAAAUAUUGCCCAACUUACAUUAAGUAUCGACGGUGCUAAUCGCACCUUGGAAGGGAAUCCUUUUAACUACACUCAAGAUCCGACCAUUAUGGAAAUAAAGCCCCUGAACAGUUUCGUGUCUGGAGGCAAAAUGAUAUUUGUUCAUGGAAAUAACUUGGACAGUAUCCAAAAACCAGAAAUGGAAGUUUAUUCUUAUAAUGAACCUAAUAUUCCAAUAAACAGUACAGUCUGUACUGUGUUAAGUUCUACACAAAUGGAAUGCCCUAGCCCUGCUGUGAAUAGAGUAUUUGAUGCUUAUAGUAUGAGGUCUAAGAGAAGUUUAAGGAAACCGGCAGCUAUAAAGAUGAAAGAGCCAAAAUUAAUACUAAAAAUCGGAUUUAUUAUGGACAACGUACAAUCGGUUCGUAAUCUAGAGAAACAUUUUCCAAAUUUGCGUUCGUCCAUUUUAUAUGUAGAAGAUCCGAAAUUUAUACAAUUCCCGAAUCAAAUAAAACUUUACAAAGGAGAUACACUUGUGAUAGAAGGUGAAAACUUAAAUGCAGCUAGUGAUGAGGCUGACGUAGUUGUAACAAUUGGCAGUAAACCUUGUAACGUAACUAGUUUAGCCAUGUCCCAAUUAGUGUGUUCACCGCCUGAAAUGCAACCGACUGAUACUGAUGAAAAUGGCUUAAAGACUGACACAAAUCUUCCUUUGGUUGUGGUAAGAGUAGGUAGAAGUUUAAGAUUCCCCAUAGGAUAUUUAAAAUACGAUUUAUACAAAACCUUCGCUUUUCCUCCAGAAGCAAUAAUUUUAAUAGUUGCUGGUAUUUUGUUGUUUGGUUUCUUCUUUGUGGCUGUACUUUUUGUUUACCGAAGAAAAUCUACUCAGGCAGAGAGAGAAUAUAAGCGAAUCCAAAUACAAAUGGACACGUUAGAGAGCAAUGUUCGGUCAGAGUGUAAAUUAGCGUUUUUUACAGCUUUCGCAGAGUUACAGACUGACAUGACUGAUUUGACGGCUGAUUUAGAAAAUUCAGGAAUUCCUACAUUAGAUCACACUACCUACAUCAUGAAAGUCUUCUUUCCAGGUGUCAGUGAUCAUCCUAUAUUAAAUGCACUUAAGGUUCGACUCAAUGGCCCUAAAAAUUAUGAUGCAGCUAUGUUACAAUUUGAACAAUUAAUAAAUAAUAAAUAUUUUAUUUUAACGUUUAUAGAAAUAUUAGAAGAUCAAAAAUCAUUUAAUAUUAGAAAUAAGGUUAAUGUAGCGUCCUUGUUGAUGGUGGUGUUGAUGGAUAAAAUGGAGUAUGCAACCGAUAUAUUAAAGUGUUUAUUACUACGGUUAGUCGAGAAAUCUGUAAAUACAAAACACCCUCAAUUAAUGUUACGUCGUACAGAGAGCGUUGUUGAAAAAAUGUUAACCAAUUGGAUGGCAUUGUGCAUGUAUCAUUAUUUGAAAGAAUAUGCAGGUUCUUCCCUGUUUCUGUUAUUUAAAGCUAUCAAGCAUCAAAUUGAAAAGGGUCUUGUUGAUGCUAUUACACAUGAUGCUAGGUAUUCACUUUCCGAGGAGAGAUUAUUGAGGGAAAAUGUUGAACACGGCUCUGUGACUUUGCAUAUUGUUCAAGACGAUUUGGACGAAAAGAUUCAAUGUAAAGUAUUGGACUGUGAUACUAUCAGCCAAGUGAAAUCAAAAAUAUUGGAUGCUCUGUUCAAGAACACUCCAUUCUCGUUAAGACCAUCAAUACAUGAAGUAGAUUUAGAAUGGAGGCAUGGAAGAGGGGGUCACCUAACACUCCAAGAUGAGGAUCUAACCAGCAAAACAAUAGGAGGUUGGAAAAAAUUAAAUAAUUUAGCCCAUUACGGUGUUAAAGAAAGUGCUGUUAUGUCUUUGAUUUCAAGGCAAAAUGAUAGUUUCACUAAUUGCAAACAGCCUUGUCACAAUUGCGUAACUGGAAUGUAUUUAAAUAAUUCACAAACUCCAAUUAUUCCUCAUGCCAAUGGAGAUGUUGAGGCACCAAAUCACCCUCGAGUAUUUCAUUUGAUAAAGCCUAUGGAAGAUCAUCACUGCCCUAAUAGCCGGGGUCCUGAAAGGACGCACAAAGCCAUUCCAGAAAUAUUUUUAACCAGAUUAUUAUCCACUAAAGGCACUGUACAGAAAUUUGUAGAUGAUUUCUUCAUGACCAUUUUGACUGUGAAUGACGCUUUGCCACCAGCAGUGAAAUGGCUCUUUGAUCUUCUAGAUGAAGCAGCUAGAAAGCAUGGAAUUCAAGAUCCGGAGGUUGUAUAUGCGUGGAAAUCAAAUAGUCUUCCUUUGAGGUUUUGGGUUAAUUUUAUUAAAAAUCCAGACUUCAUUUUUGACAUAAACAAAACUACUACAUUAGAUUCUUGUUUAUCUGUAAUUGCACAAACGUUUAUGGACGCAUGUUCCACUAAUGAGCAUCGUUUGGGGAAGGAUUCGCCAUCCAACAAACUCCUUUUUGCAAAGGAUAUUCCGCGGUACAGAGAUAUGGUGUCCCAGUUUUACUCUGAUGUAGCAAAGCUGCCUGUGAUAACGGACCAAGAAAUGGGGUCAGCUAUGCAACAGUUAUCCGCACAACAAGCUGAGGAAUUCGACACGGUGGCAGCUCUGAGGGAACUGUAUAUCUAUGUUGCAAAAUAUAGAGAGCCUUUGCUGGAAGCUCUUUCUUCUGAUCCCGUAUGUUGGCGUUUGAAUUUGGCUCAAAAACUGGACAGCAUCGCUUACAUUCUAGGAGGCGAAGAGACAUCUGGUUGCUGACCACGUGAGUCACCUGAUCCGCUGCUGCCUCAAUCGUUAGCGCCUUGACUGCGUAUUUGACACACGCGUUGCUUUUGUUGACAGUAAUAUUUAUUUUACCAUAUUUUCGUUUUCUGUUUCUCGUUGUUUUUGUUAAUGUUGCACAAAUGAAGAAAUCACAAGUUAAUUAAUUUCAACUUAUAAUUAUCCCGAGUAAAUUUAAUUUUAUUCAAAAAUCCGCCGCACUUUCGGAAAAUAAGUGUGCAAACGACUCUACUUAAUAAAGACUUAUUAUUUAAUUUUUUUAUUAUUUUUGAGGAACUUAGUUUAACAAUAAUAUUAUAGAAUUAAACAUAUUUUUAAUUUUAUAAAAUAAUAAUAUAUUUUUAAUUAAUCUCAUUAUAUCAGGGUAGGCAGCUUAUUUAUAGACAUACAUAUUUAUUAGUUUUUCUUUCAGAAGGGAUUUCAGCUAGUUGAAAUAAGUAUAGCCUUCGUUCACUUUCACAAAUAAAUAAAUUACAUACAUUAUGUAUUUUUUGUAAAGACUAAUUAUUUACGUAAAGCAAGCAUCACCAAGCUUAAAUUAACAAAACAAAACGAAAGGAAAAUUCUGUUCUGUUAACAAAGCUAUAUGGCGUGUGCGUUUGAUCGUAUUAUUCUGUGAUAUGGCGCAUGAUCAGGUGACUGUUAAAUGGAUGUGUACUUACCCUCCAGCGGUCACUAGUUUCCUUCCUGAGUGCCUCGCUACGCUGAUGGGACGUGAAGUGGAAAAAGACAGUGUUUUUUUGCGCGCAACAUUCGUUAUGCCAAUGAUAUUAAUUAUUAUUAACAGCGCAUUAUAGUACACUCGUCGAAUUUGGCUAAUAUAUUAGGAAAAGACAUUUUCUUGUCUAAAUGAUUUCAAAAAAUUUCAUAUACUUAUAUAUAUAUUUUUUUUUCGUUAGUUGAUAGUUUUCAAAAGACUCUUUCCAUGUGAACAAUCUUAUUCAAUACAUUUUUGUCUUCAAUCUUGAAAAAAAAAAUUGACAAUGAGACUAAAAGUAAGAGUGCGUUUUAGAUUUUUUAAAAUAGGGAGGUUUCAUUUACCUUCUCAGAAUUGAAACUAUAUUACUUGCAAAGUAAGUGUAUGCAAAUGAUAAACUAAUAAUAAUUAUUAUUGUUGUAAUCACUUUUCCAUGGCAAAUGUCAAGAAAAAUUUCAGAAUUUUUCGUCCCAGAGUUAUGCCGACAAAAGUAAAGUGAAAAUCAAAUUUUAUGUAACUGUCCACAUGGAAAAAAGUUCAGAACCAUUCAAAGGUUAAUAAAUUUUUGAUAGCAUUCAGUGUUUCAUUUCUUCAAUAUCCGGCAUGACCAAAUUAGUUCACAAAUUUAAUCGGUUUAGCGGCACUUCAAAAAUUCAUUUUUUUUCUUACAAAAAGACGGUCCUAACAAUGCAUUCUUGGGCUGAUGAAAUUUGAGUUAAUUCUUUUUAUUUUCACCACAUUUAUGUGUAAUAACAAAGUUUUUCUUAUAAUUUAAUUUGAUAUGAUAAGAUUUGCCUUUUUCUAAAAAUAUUUGUAAGGGCCUCAAAAUGACAGUGUAGUGUAUCGUUCGGUCCGGUUAGCCUAGUUUUUAAGUAGAUAUAGACAUUGAUUGAUUCUACGUGCAUGACUGAUGUUCAACUCAAUUUUUAGCUGUAAAAUAAAUAUAUAUUUUUUUUAUAGGUUUAAAGUACUACAGUUGAAGUUUUUGUCAUUCUAGCAGAUUUACAAUUUUUAGAAAAAUUAUUUAACAUCUUAUUGAACAAGGUUAUUGUAGAUCUACAAGCAAUGUAAACCCUUUGGAAAUGGCGACUACUUUUAAAGUGUUGAAUACCAACUGUAUUUAAAAAAGAAUAAACAAAAUUCUCAUUUUGUUUUAAUUCAAAUUUUAAGAAUGUAGUAACUAGCAUUAUCAGUUCUUUUGUUUUUUUUUUUUUUAGCUUAAUAUAAUGAAGAGUGCAAUUUAAAAUACAGAUUGAUAAAUUAUAACUGAUAUAAUAUUUAAUAUAAUACCUAAAUAUUCUAUUCUAGAAGCUUUAUCUUUUUUAAAUAUAGUUUUUUUUUUGAGAUCUUCUAUAGGAUACGUGUCAAAAAGACUACAAGGUUGGAAAGGUUUUUUAAUUCUGUCAAAUAUUUCUGUAAUUUAGUGAUGGCCAAAUAGUUGUUUAAAUUUUCUGUAGAUUAAAUUAAUAAAUAGAAGGUAGUGUAUUAAAUAAUAAUCCAUGCCCUAGAUAUUUUUGGCAAAAUUCAGACAUUCUCUAACUUUGUAUAUAUUAAUUAGGUGACUAGACCUCCUCCUUGUUCCAGUCUUUAGUUAAGAGCGUUUUUUUUUCUGUUAUUCGAAUUAAUUUUUUGGCUCAAUUUUCUCAAGAAUCUGAUGUUGCAGUUGCAGCAAUGGCCUGUCACCAACUACCAAGUAAUAAUGACACAUAAAUACAUAUUAUGUGAUGACAUUUUCUAGACUGUAACAUAACAUGUUUCAAAACGAAAUUUGAUGGAAAUUGUUAAAUAAUUCUAUUAUGUUUUCUUUUGUAAAUAUAUGAAAUGUGCAUAUAGAUUAAUAUAUCGGGUUUAUAAAUUAAGCAUACAUUCAUCAAUAUUAGAUUGUGUUAGGACAAAAUAUUUUGAAAUUUUACUCAUGUACAUGUAGGAUGGCCUCUUUGAAGUGUGAUAUUAUGAUAACAAUGAUUAUCCCAACCCCUCCCACACAUGAAAAUCUAUUUUUAUUGAUAUUGCUGCAAUUCGAGUAAUAAUAUAAUCGAAAAAUGGCGAUGAGUGCAUUUUGAGGAGGCCUCAAUUUUUUUUAAAUAAAUAUUGAUGUCUCAAUUUUAAAUAAUUAUUAUAAAAUAAAGAAAUCUUAGAUCAAAUACACAGACUGUAAAGCAUUUUUUACUUAUUUAUUCUUUUUUUUUUAAUAAAUUAUUCUCUUGAAUUUGUUUAUGUCAUUUAUAGCAGCUUUUAUUCUCUC